AAAUGUUCUUUAGAUUUACAAAAAAACAUAUAAAACUGGAUAUUCUUUAUAAAAUAGUUAUAUGUUCUUUACAAAACAAAUAUAUGUUCUUUACUAAAUAGCUAAAUGUUCAUUCCGCCUUUUUUUAAAGAACACUGGAUGCACCAAGAUUUCACUCCAAACGUGGAAACAAUCACAAGAUUGGAUUUUUCCAUACUAAAAAAAAUAAUUCUCCAAUUAAAAAUAAAAAGAGACAGGAAAAAAAAAAAAAAAAGCCCAAAAAUAUGCAACCCCACCUCAAAAUCUUGUUGUUUGUUCUAUACCAAUCCUAGUCGAAUUUGCGGGCUUCAGGUAGAAACUUGGCCAAAAAGCUCAUUAAUGGGCCCUUAAAUCCUUACUUCAACCUUAAAUCUUUCACAAAAAAAUAAAAAAUAAUACUGGGUUUAUUACCAAUUUUCUCUUUCACCUCUCUACUUUCAGAGUCUUUGUUCCUGCGUUUAGCAUCUCUUCUGCCGGCAAUUCCCAUCUUUAUUAAACAAAUUCUUGUUGAAUUCAGAUUAAAAGAAUGGCUACUAUUUCUGCACCUCACUUGCUUAAGAUACCUGUUUCAUUAAACCAUCAAAGAAGAAAUGAGAAAUUUCUGAGUAACAGGAUGAUGAAUUCAUCUGUUAGAAUGACAGCAUCUAUUCAAUACCCUAGAUUAAGAACUCAAGCUUUACCCAAGCUACGAGUGAGUACCCCGUUUUUGGGAAGCUCUAGGACUUUAGACUUUGGGUUUAUGGGAAGCUCUAGGACAGUAGGGUUUGAGUCUAAGAUGAAAGAUGCUGUGUUGGUUCGUAGAGAGAAACCAAGGAGGGGUGUUAUUACUGCGGUGUUUGAUCGAUUUACUGACAAGGCGAUUAAAGUUGUACUGGUUGCUCAAGAGGAAACGAGGCGAUUAAGUCAUAAUGUUGUUGGCACUGAGCAAAUCUUGUUGGGGCUUGUUGGUGAAGGGUCCAGCAUUGCUGCUAAGGUUCUGAAAUCCGCGGGUAUUACCUUGAAAAUUGCGCGUUUGGAAGUUGAGAAGCUCGUUGGAAGAGGUGGUGCAUUUGUUCCCAUUGAAAUUCCGUUUAGUCCUCGUGCUAAGCAUGUCUUGGAGUUAUCAUUGGAAGAGGCACGAAAAUUUGGUCAACAUUAUAUUGGUGCGGAACACUUGCUGUUGGGAUUGCUUAGUGAAGGUGAGGGUAUAGCUGCCCGUGUCCUUGAUAAUCUAAGUGUUGAUGCAAAAGAAAUCCGCAAACAGAUUAUAAGCAUGAUGGGUGAGGAAAAGGAGCCUGUCCAGGCAGGUGGAAAAUCAGGUGCUGGUAUGCUCACAUUAGAAGAAUAUGGCACAAAUUUAACAAAGGUGGCGGAAGAGGGAAAAUUAGAUCCUGUAGUUGGAAGGCAAAAACAAAUAGAUCGUGUCAUCCAAAUAUUGAGUCGUCGUACAAAAAAUAACCCGUGCCUCGUUGGAGAACCAGGUGUUGGUAAAACAGCUAUCGCAGAAGGUCUGGCUCUGAAAAUUUCUCUUGGUGAUGUCCCAGAAACACUCGAGGGAAAGCAGGUUAUUACUCUUGAUUUGAGUCGUCUUGUUUCUGGAACUAAAUAUCGUGGAGAGUUUGAGGGCAGAUUGCAAAAGAUAAUGGAAGAAGUCAAAGAAUCAGAUAACCUAAUUCUUUUUAUCGAUGAAGUGCAUACUUUGGUUGGGGCUGGGGCAGCGGAAGGAGCAAUAGAUGCUGCUAACAUGUUAAAACCAGCUCUUGCAAGGGGUGAAUUACAGUGCAUUGGGGCCACAACGCUUGAUGAAUACAGGCAACACAUUGAGAAGGACCCAGCAUUAGAGAGAAGAUUUCAGCCUGUUGAAGUGCCUGAGCCCACAGUAGAUGAAGCAAUACAGAUUCUCAGAGGGCUCCGUGAGCGAUAUGAGAUUCACCACAAGCUCUCCUAUACAGACGAAGCAUUAAUUGCAGCAGCAGAACUGUCAUCCCGGUACAUCAGUGAUAGGUUUCUUCCUGAUAAAGCUAUCGAUCUUAUUGAUGAAGCUGGUGCUCGUGUGCGGUUGCGCCAUGCUGAGUUUCCUGAAGGAGUAAGAGAACUUGAGAAGCAGGUCACUCAGAUUGUAAAUGAGAAAGAUACUGCUGUCCGCAACCAAGAUUUUGAGAAGGCUGGUGAAUUACGUGACCAAGAACUAGAACUGAAGGUACAAAUAUCUGCACUCAUAAGCCAAGACAAGGAGCAGAAAGAGGCAAAUAUGGACUACGUUGGAGCAGUUGUGACAGACGCAGAGAUUAGGGAUAUUGUUUUCUCUUGGACAGGUAUACCAGUUCAGAAAGUUUCAGCGGACGAAUCAAGCCGUCUUCUCAAAAUGGAAGACAAUCUCCAUGGUCGUGUAAUAGGUCAAGACGAAGCUGUCAAAGCCAUCAGCCGUGCAAUUCGUCGCUCUCGCGUUGGCCUAAAGGAUCCUGAUCGUCCAAUUGCCAGCUUCAUCUUUUCCGGUCCAACUGGUGUAGGAAAGUCAGAACUUGCAAAAGCUUUAGCUGCUUACUACUUCGGUUCUGAAGAAGCCAUGGUCCGCCUUGAUAUGAGUGAGUUCAUGGAGAGACACACAGUUUCUAAGUUGAUCGGUUCACCCCCAGGUUAUGUGGGUUACUCCGAGGGUGGGCAGCUUACUGAGGCUGUGAGGCGUCGCCCUUAUACAUUAGUGCUCUUUGAUGAAAUUGAAAAGGCUCAUCCUGAUGUGUUUAACAUGAUGUUGCAAAUCUUAGAGGAUGGGCGAUUAACUGAUAGUAAAGGGAAGACGGUGAACUUUAAGAACACUCUCAUGAUUAUGACCUCAAAUGUUGGAAGCAGUGUAAUUGAGAAAGGUGGCCGCAGUAUGGGAUUUGAUCUGACAUACGACGAACACGAUAGCAGUUAUAACAGGAUAAAGACUUUAGUGGUCGAGGAGCUUAAGCAGUACUUUAAGCCGGAGUUCUUGAAUAGGUUAGACGAUAUGAUUGUGUUCAGGCAGCUUACAAAGUUGGAAGUCAAGGAGAUUUCAGAAAUCAUGCUGAAAGAAGUUUCCAAACGGCUUCAAGUUAAAGGCAUCAAUAUUCAAGUGACCGAGAGAUUCAAAGAUAGAGUGGUGGAGGAUGGCUAUAAUCCAAGUUAUGGAGCAAGGCCGCUGAGAAGAGCUAUCAUGAGUCUCUUGGAGGAUAGCAUGGCUGAGAAGAUGCUUGCAAGUGAAAUCCAAGAAGGUGAUUCAGUUAUUCUGGAUAUUGAUUCGAGUGGACAUGUCGUUGUGCUCAAUAGUAACAGCAGUAGCAGUAGUAGCAGCAGUACUGACUUGAUUCCUGAGUUACUUCCUAUGUGAAGUUUAGAAGUAUAGGUGAAAUUUGACAUCUUUCUACUUUGAUUUAGGCAUAUUGAUUGUAUUUCAUCUUCCCUUGAAUUUCUCUCAUCUAGUUAUUCUUUUAGAAUUGUCUCAUCCA